AUGACAAAUGUAACGAUGUCGGAUGACUUGUUUCUUCGUUCCACGUUUGCUCGUGGUGUUGCUGGAUUUUUCACUUGGGCUGCCCUUAUCAUUACGUCCUAUCAGAUCUUUCAACAUUUACGAUGGUAUACUUGCCCAAUCGAGCAACGUUGGAUUGUACGUAUCUUAUUUAUUGUACCGAUGUAUUCAUUAGAUUCGUGGUUGAGUCUGCUUUUCCUUUCAAACAAUGUGUAUGUAUAUUUUAAUGCUAUUCGAGACUGUUACGAAGCAUUUGUUAUAUACAGCUUCUUAAGUUUAUGCUACGAAUAUCUGGGUGGUGAAAGUAAUAUAAUGGCGGAAAUACGAGGGAAACCUAUCCGACCAACAACUUAUUAUACGUGCACUUGUUGUUUAAGUGGAAAGCAAUACACGAUAGAAUUUUUGCGUUUUUGUAAGCAAGCAACUCUUCAGUUUUGUAUCAUCAAACCAAUUAUGGCAACGCUUACGGUUAUUUUAAUGAUUAUGGGGAAGUACGAAGAUGGAAAUUGGAGUGGUGAUCAAGGUUAUCUUUACAUAACUAUUGUUUACAAUGUUUCGGUAUCUUUGGCUCUUUACGGGUUAUUUCUGUUUUACACUGCAACCCGUGAUCUGCUUUCUCCAUACCGACCUGUUUUAAAAUUCCUCACAGUCAAAUCUGUGAUUUUCCUGUCCUUCUGGCAAGGGUUUUUGCUCGCUGUACUUGGUUCAACUUCUGCUAUCGAUCCAAUCUACGAUGAAGAUGGUCAUGAAGUUAUAUCUCGUGGUACCGUUGCUGCAGCGUGGCAGAACUUCUUUAUUUGUGUUGAAAUGUUUUUUGCUGCAGUGGCUCUUAGAUAUGCUUUCAGCAUAAGUGCAUACAUUGACCCUACUACAGGUUUCGUUGGUGGGCGGCCAGUUACAUUACAAAGUAUUAGUAGUUCGUUAAAGGAAACAAUGAACCCUAAAGAUAUAAUGCAAGAUGCUAUUCACAAUUUCCAUCCUCAGUAUCAACAGUAUACCCAGCAUUCAAACCCAACACGACCGGUCAGUACUAAAACCUCUCCAGGUUUUUUCUUUUGUUUCAAUGUCUUGUUCUUUGUUUUUGUUAAUACCAAAUAA